AUAGUCUAAUACAAUAUUGAAUAGGUCAUCUUAUUAAAUAUAUAAGUAAAUAAAGAAGAAAAAAAACAAAGUCAUCCACCUCAUCUCACAGACUCACACCUGUCUUCAUCUUCUUCAUCAUUCGCAAUCGCAGUACCCCCCUCAAAUCCAAUUCUCUCGCUUUGGUUUACGAUCAACCAAACGCAGCUAUGGCUUUGCACUCCGGUAUCGGUUUUUCCAAGAUCCUCGUCAUAGCCGGAACAGGGUACACUGCGACGGUUUUGCUCAAUAACCAUAAAUUAUCGGACUUGCUCGGAGAGCUUCAGUCAUUGGUGAAGGGAUUGGAGAAAUCGAAAGAUCAAUCAGACGGAGUAAAUGAUUACAGUGAUCCCAUUUUAGCUCAGGUGCGUAAACUGGCUGCUGAGGUUCAACAACUUGGUUCAAAUCGACACAUUACUAUUCUGAAUGGGAGUAAUGGCCAUGGUAACUUAAAGUCACUUAUAGUUCCCGCGGCUGCAUUGGGAGCAGUUGGGUAUGGUUACAUGUGGUGGAAGGGUUGUUCAUUGUGGGAUUUUAUGUACGUGACAAAAAGUAAUAUGGCUAAGGCUGUUUCAAAUUUGACGAAACAUCUGGAGAACUUAUCAGAUUUUGUUGCACAAACAAAGAAGCACUUGACACAGCGGAUCCAGAACGUGGAUGAUAAAAUGGUGGAGCAGAACAAGUUAUCCAGGGAAAUAAAGGAUGAUGUCACUGUUCUGAAUGAAUCUGUUGAUGGUAUUGCCUAUGACUUGAGUGGAUUACAGAACAUGGUUGCUGCCUUGAACGGGAAGUUAUGCGUAAUGGAGGGUAAACAGGAUUUUGCAAAUGCUAGUUUAUACUACCUGUGCAACUUUAUUGAUGGGAAGAAAGUCAAAAUGCCCGAGUCACUGCAGGAGCAACUUAAAACCUCUACCGCAUCACGUGGUUCACUGACAUUUUCAGAGGCUCCAAGCCUUAUGGGCCUGAAAGACAUUACAGAUUCUUUAUCUGGCGUCUAUUCUGAAGAUGGUACUGACAAGUUGGAGAAAUCAUCCAAAAACCUGAUAAGGUCCGUAUCAACUAGGUGUUGACAACGUUCUGAACAAAAGAUGUUUUCCAUCUCCUGGUUUAUUUUUCUUGCAUAUAUGAUAUGAGUAUAAUUUUUUUUUAUUUUAUUUCUUUUAUGAAUUUGUGAGAUGAUGCAGCUUAGUAUCUCAAUCUGAAUCUCACGAAGAAUGAAUGUACACCUUUAAAAAUAAAUACUUAAAAAGAUUAUAACGAAGUUUGUUGAUGGUUGUAAUGAACUUCAAUGCUCAUUUGCAUUAGUAGGAGGCGUAAUAGUUGAAGUAUUCCAGGUCCUCAUUCAUUGAUGCUUAUACUUGUACUAAUAUAUCUUUUCAAUGUAUUUAGAGCAAGUUGUGCUAUGACAACCUUUUUUUUUCAUUAUUAUAUAUUUGUUCUUAAUUAAUAUAUAUACUUUUUUGAGUAUA